UUCUCCACAGAACAAAUUUGCCGAAAUCUGCUCUUAAUGCGUGUGUACUAAAAUGAUUUGUUCCGGUUCAAGCGCUUUCGAGUUGCAUGUAGGAAAGCUAACAGAUAACAUUUUCCCUACUUGCGCUCACUCCAAGAGAGAGAUAAUGGAAUGGAAGAUUAUUCUUUUUGUAGUUCUGGGUGCGUCGAAAUACACGUCUGCAGCUUCCGCUCGGGUGGCAACCUGGGGCCCAUGGAGUCGGUUUACCCCGUGCAGCGUGACGUGUGGGGGUGGGACUAAGAUGCGGACGAGAGACUGUGAGGUGAAGCUUGUCUACGGGAGACGGGCGCCCUGCCUCAAGGCUAGUUACUGCGCUGGGGCGUAUCUAGAAAGUCCGCCUUGUAACACGCACGAAUGUCCAAAAGAAAAUACGCCUUCCGUGAGAUACGGGUCCGUCAUUAAACUGCCGCCAGAGAAUUAUCAGAAGUAUAAAGAGCUCCACGCUAACGUUUGGCCAGAGGUGUUAGACCGGCUUUCAAAGAGCAACAUACGAAACUACGUGAUCUACUACAGCAACGAGACGAGUCUUCUUUUCUCUCAUUUUGAAUAUAUAGGAACAAACUAUGCCGCUGACAUGAAAGCUAUAGCAGACGAUCCAAAAACUUUAGAAUGGUGGCGAAUCAAUUGUCCUCUCCAAGAAUCUUUCACUUGGACCGACUCCAAACAGUUGUAUGAGGGCGGGACAGGGAACUGGUGGGCACCCAUGCAGGAAGUUUUUCAUGACGGGCACUCUGCGGUGAAAUUUCUCUAGUUUAUGAUGGAAAAAGUGUAUUGAGCGAACUGUCACGAACUUAUUCUUUAAUAUAUGAUACGCAGUGAAUAGCGGAUAGUCUCAAUCACUAGAUUGGAAUGUUAGCAAAGUAACAAAAACAGUGAAGACAGGAGAGAAAACUUUGUUGGUGUUAUUCGCAACACUGUGAGGUUUCUUAUAUGUAAACCGUCUUUUUUAGAAUGGGCUCCCUUCUUGUCAUAUAUACAGUUACACGUACUAUAUAUAUAUGUCUCUUUGCCAAUAUUAAAGAAUUUAAUCAAAAUGUUCUAUAUGUUAUGCAGUAGAGUCAGUCUAAAUAAGAAAUAAAAACGUUCUGUUUGCAAAACGAUAUCCAGAAAUACAUUAUAUUAGAUUUUAUUUACUGUAAAACUCAUCCUUCCAAAGAUAGAACAUCGAAUAAAUGACUGAUUAACA